GUGUGAAACCCGCGCGGCCGGAGGGCCUUGAAAGUGUUUGCAGCGAAAACCACGCAGGGAGGUUGGAGAAAUUGUUCGUUAGCGCGUCGACCGGCGCUACAGGCGCGGCCAGCGGUGCAAUUUAAGGGCUUAUUUCUGCGGAUGGUACGGGCAAAACAGGUGUAGGAUCCAUGGACUGGAGGAGCUUUUAGAACCGCCCCAACAAGACAGGCUGUCAGCAACAGUGCGGUAGAGCAUGUCACCCCGCCGGUCCACGUGCGAUAUCUGUCCCUCUCGGCUGUAACGGGUUUAGGACAGUCCCGUAGGUUAAGGGCGUGCAUUCGUACUUUGGUCGGCGCGGUCUCACAGACUUUGACACGCGGAAACAACGGUCUAAAAAUACGCCCUGAUAUCACCGUGUACGUGUUGGACCCGUCUCCUUGGAAGUAUGGGCAAUUGUCUCAGCACUAGUCAACAACAUACCCUAUGGAACCCGGCCGAGCUGCAGGAGCAGAGCCGCGGCAAAGAUGCGGAGAUCCGCCGCUUAGCGCAGGAGCUGGACGCCUACAAGAACAUGGUGGCGGAGAAGGACGCGGAGCUGGAGAAACUGCGGCUGGAGGUGAAGAAGCUGACCGACGUGCUGCAGCAGCAGACCGCUCGGGGGAAGGCGGCGCCUAGCUCCCGCCUACAAGGGACCAUGUUACCGCCUAUCCACGAGGGUCUCGGCAUGCACGGCCAGCAACAUGACAACAAACGGGCCGGCAGGAUCGGGGUCAAGUUCGGAGUGUCCGGAGAGUCCGUCUCGGACACUAACGCCACCAAAGACCUGCCGAGAGUACCCAAAGAUCAAAGUGUCAAACAGAUGCUGAAGGAAGCAAUCCAACAGAACGACUUCAUGAAGAACCUGGACCCCAUCCAGAUGAGUGAGAUUGUGGACUGUAUGGACUUCCAGAUGUUCCAGUCAGGACAGAAGGUCAUCCAGGAGGGCGAGGCUGGGCAGCAGCUCUUUGUGGCAGAAGUUGGUGAAUUGAAGGUGACAAAAGGAGGCAAUGAUCUGGGCAACAUGGGGCCAAAAACACUGUUUGGAGAGCUGGCACUCUUAUAUAACUGUAGCAGAACAGCUACUGUCAAAGCUGUUACUGAGUCCAAGCUGUGGGCCAUCGACAGGAACAUUUUCCAGAUGAUCAUGAUCAAGACAGGAAGAACCAGAAGAGAAGAACACUUCAAGUUUCUCAAGAGUGUGUCAUUGCUGAAGGAGCUACCACAUGCCAAACUCUCCAAGAUAGCAGACUGCCUUGAAGUGGACUUCUACCAUGAAGGAGAGUACAUCAUCAGAGAGGGCCAGACUGGAGAUACUUUCUUCAUCAUUAUUGAGGGCGAGGUUAAGGUGACCCAGAAAAUAGAAGGUGUAGAGGAGCCAAAAGUGAUCAAAACACUCAGCCGGGGAGAGACGUUUGGAGAGAAAGCACUUCUCAGUGAAGACAAAAGAACAGCGAAUGUCAUUGCUGUUGGAGGGGUGAAAUGUCUCACACUGGACAGAGUAGCCUUCAACCAACUGAUUGGUCCCCUGAAUGAGAUUAAGAAAGUGGAUGAACAGUACAGUCUUGAAGACGAGAACAGAGGAGCAGCCAGACUAAUCAAGUCCCGAUCACCAACCAAUCAAAUGAGCCAAUCAGUUGAAGGCAUACGUGUACAAGAUUCUGUUCUGGACACAUUUGGCAAGAUUAUUGGUUGUUAUGUGUGUAGAAUACUGCAGAAACGUGGCAGUAGAGAUAUCAAGUCCAGCACCUCCUCCAAGGACAGUCAGACAAGUGUUCCAUCCUCAAGCGACCAAGUGAACGGACCUGCCGAGGACAUGCUGCUGUACGCCAAGGUCCCGCUGGACGAUCUAGACGUCGUGGCCACUCUGGGAGUUGGAGGCUUCGGGAGGGUGGAACUGGUGAAGUGGCAGGACAAGUCCUUUGCUCUGAAGUGCCUUAAGAAGAAACACAUUGUCAACACCAGACAACAGGAGCACAUCUACUCUGAGAAGGCCAUUAUGAUGUCCUGUAACUCUCCCUUCAUCAUCAAGUUGUACAAGACGUUUAAGGACAAGAGGUAUGUGUACAUGAUGAUGGAGCCAUGUCUGGGUGGAGAACUGUGGACCAUACUGAGAGACAGAGGUUCGUUUGAUGACCACACCACUAGGUUCUGUACAGCCUGUGUGGUCCAAGCCUUCACAUACCUGCACGGUAGAGGGAUCAUCUACAGGGACCUAAAACCUGAGAACCUGCUACUGGACCAGAGGGGAUACGUCAAACUGUGUGACUUUGGCUUUGCCAAGAAGAUCGGUUUUGGUCACAAGACGUGGACGUUCUGCGGCACACCUGAGUACGUCGCACCUGAGAUCAUCCUGAACAAGGGACACGACUACUCCGCAGACGUCUGGUCUCUCGGCAUCCUUAUGUUCGAGCUGCUGACUGGGACGCCACCGUUUUCUGGCUCAGACCCCAUGAAGACCUACAACCUGAUCCUGAAGGGUAUAGAUGCUGUGGAGUUUCCCAGAAAGAUCGGCAAAAACGCUAACAAUCUCAUCAAGAAGCUAUGCAAAGAGAACCCAUCAGAGAGAUUGGGCUAUCAGAAGAAUGGAAUGAAUGACAUCAAGAAGCACAAGUGGUUCCAGGGAUUUGACUGGGAUGGACUCACAACACAGUCAACACAACCUCCCAUUGUUCCAAAGGUGCGUGGACCACAAGACACAAGUAACUUUGAUAAAUAUUCCCGUGAGACUGACAUCCCACCAGAGGAGACCUCAGGCUGGGACACCGACUUCUAGAAACAACAACGUGGCCUGAUUUUUGUAUCAAAAGGCUCAAGCAAUGUGUCAAAUCUUUAACCCUCACAGUAUUCACACCAAUCUAAUUUAUUGAAACUUUUCAAGAAAUUAAAAGGGUCAAAAUAUAUAAAAGAAUGAACAAAAUAGAUAGAUAAGAAAAAUGAAUUAGAGAAAACAAUAACCAAGAAAUCAAAUUGGUGUGGCCUAAAGGAGAUGAAAUAUGCUCAUUGGCUUGUGACAAUGAAAGAGUUCAUUUUUACCAAUGUGCAUCAAGAGUUAGAUGUGCAUGAUUGUUGCCAAUAUCAGUGAAGGUAAACAUAUCACAGAUGUAUAUAUGUACAGUAAACCCAAAGAGAGAUUUGUAUAUUCAGAUACAUUUCAGUAGUGAACGUGCCAUGAUUUCAUGUCGUGAGUUGUUGAAAGUAAAUACAUAUGUUGGCAAGGAUAUCAUGCUAAGAUACACUUUGUGCCAUACGCUUGAGUCAGUUCAUCUGAGCUGGCCUGUACAUGUAACCUUAAAAUGAUGAAAGGUUAUAACUAGAUAUGGACUUCUUUUGGUUUAUUUUGGGACACUUCGACAAACUAACUUGUUUCUAAGACAAAUUUAAAACCUGUAGCUAAUGAACUGUGAUCUCUAUCUAGGAGUAGGAGUGACUCUACAUUAAAGGUGUCAAUCCUGCUAGGCUGGAAUGAAAUGUUUUCCUUUUAAUUAGUUUUCAGCAUUGUCUGCGUCCACUUAUGCCAAUGUCUAAAAAGAGGUUUAUACAUUUUAUAUUCCAAUGUCAGUAGACAUACAAUGUACAAUCUAAAUGUAGUCUUACGUGUUAGUAUAACAAUUACUCCAGUGAUUAUAUGGGGACUUGACACAACAAAAGUUCAGAAACUGUCAAACUGCCAUCUUACUAUAGUCAGGUAUUGUAUCAUACCAGUAAAAACAACAAGUCAAGUCUCACCAUAGAUGCAAGAUCUCUUUAAUAAUAAUAGAUACUUGGACAGAAAGAUUAAUUUUUAUUAUUCAAGUAAUAGGCUACAUGUAUAUGUAUAUGUACAGUUCAUGGGAUUAUGAGUAUAUGUAUUAGGAAGGGCUCAAUUUGCUUAUGGCUCGAUCAUGACAUGGAAUAAAUAUUUUAAAAACUAACUUCAUGUGCAUGUAACAGUAGUUUCACACUGGUCAGCCAUAUCAUGCCAGACAUAUGCCACAAUGAUACAUAUUUUCUAAAUGUAUAUAGAUAUUUGAAAUGUUUGGGUAUUUUUCUUUUAAUAUGGUGAAUGGACGUACAAAAUGAAGGAAACUGAAAUUUCUUUAAUUUAUAGAUAUCCCUCUUUACAUCAUUCUACCGUUUCAAAAUUCUUAAUUUAAGUUACGCCUAACCUCCUUUGUGAUGUUGCUUACUUUAUGAGCACCAAAUGUUUAAUAUUUCUCUGAGAAAUUUGGUGAAAAAA